CCCUUUUUUAUUUCCCACGCUAUUCUUCUUUUAAGAGAGAGAAAGGAACACCGAUUUUUUCUAGAGUGAGAAACCCAAAUAACACCAAACAGCGUCAUGGUUUCUCAGAUCUAUGGCGUUUUCUUCACUUUUCUGGCCAUCGCAGCUUCGGCAUUGCCGGAGAAUCCAGCCACGGCGAAGGCCGCCGCCUCAAAUUCGAGUUCUCAGAUCAACUCUAAUUCAGUUCUGGUAGCUCUUCUCGAUUCCCACUAUACCGAGCUAUCGGAACUGGUGGAGAAAGCCCUGUUAUUGCAGACUCUCGAAGAAGCUGUGUCGAAGCACAAUAUUUCCAUAUUUGCCCCCAGAAAUGAAGCCCUAGAAAGGGAUUUAGACCCUGAAUUCAAGCGCUUCUUGCUCGAGCCUGGGAAUCUGAAAUCGCUUCAGAAUCUGAUUCUCUUCCACAUGAUACCCAGUCGCAUUGAGUCCAAACACUGGCCCGCCGGUGUGCAGAAGAAGCAAGUCCACCACGCCAGCCUUUGCCGCGACGCCGGUGACGAGAAGAUUCGGCUUCACGAGAAAAAUGGAGAGAGAAUUGUGGGCAUGGCUAGGGUUAUUAAGCCGGAUGAUAUUAUCCGCCCCGACGGAAUCAUCCACGGCAUUGAGAGGCUGUUGGUACCGAAAUCCGUUCAACAGGAAUUCAACGCCAGGCGGAGCUUGAGGGCCACCUCCGCCGUUAUACCGGAGGGCGCGCCGGAAGUUGAUCCCAGAACAAACAGGUUGAAGAAACCCGCACCGCCUGUCGCCGCCGGCGCUCCGCCGGUUCUCCCCAUCUACAACGCCCUGGCUCCCGGUCCAUCCCUAGCCCCCGCCCCUGCUCCCGGCCCAGGUGGGCCCCACCACCACUUCGACGGCGAAAGUCAGGUGAAGGACUUCAUCCAAACCCUCCUGCAUUACGGCGGGUACAACGAAAUGGCUGAUAUACUGGUGAAUCUGACCUCACUCGCCACCGAGAUGGGAAGACUGGUUUCCGAAGGGUAUGUGCUGACAGUUCUGGCACCAAACGACGAGGCCAUGGCGAAGCUAACAACCGACCAGCUGAGCGAGCCCGGAGCGCCGGAGCAAAUCAUGUACUACCAUAUCAUCCCGGAGUACCAAACGGAGGAGAGUAUGUACAAUUCCGUGAGGAGGUUUGGGAAGGUGAAAUACGACACUUUGAGAUUGCCGCAUCAGGUGGUGGCGGAGGAAGCUGACGGCUCGGUCAAAUUCGGCCGUGGUGAAGGGUCCGCAUAUCUAUUCGACCCGGAUAUCUACACCGACGGGAGAAUUUCCGUUCAGGGAAUUGACGGGGUUCUCUUGCCGCCGGAGGAAAGCAAGGCUCCUAAAGCUGCCCCUGCUGCCAAGAUUGUUUCUAAACCUAGAAGAGGGAAGUUAUUGGAAGUAGCAUGCUCGGUUCUUGGGGCUGUUGGACAAAAUUCUCACUUCUCUACAUGUCAUUAGAUCUUCAUACUCUGGAAUUUAUUUUAUAAAAAAAAAAAUAAAGGGAAGGAAAAACAAAAAUGAUGCAAAAAGGUUGUUUUAGGAUGGAUGUAGUGGAGGUAUCUUGUUUGUAUUGUGUUGAAGCUGUUGCUGCUCAGAACCCCACAGGAGAGAGAGAGGCAGAGAGAGAAAAGCUCUUCCCUUCUGUUCUUUUGUUUUUUUUUUUGGGUAUAAAUAUUAAAUACUGUAAAUUACAUAGCAAUUUUUUAAUUUGUAUUUAAGUUUGUACCACCGACAGUUUCAGAUGUAUGCACAAAUAUACACUUCUUUUUUGAAGAACGUAUUAUUUUCUUAUUAUUUGUUCAUCACCACCACCA